AUGUCAUUGGGCAUUGUUAAAGUUGGGAACGGGUCAGAAAAGUCAUCGUUGUCCAAGUAUGACGAGGCAAUGGAUGCUCUGUCUUCACUGAUAACAAAGCGCAGUCGGGCUGAUAAGAAGAACAAAGGCGAUCGUUUCGACUUAUUGUUUGAUUAUGUGAAGAUAUUGGAAUUAGAGGAACAGAUAAAAGAGAUGAAGAUUGUUCAUGUGGCCGGCACUAAAGGAAAGGGGUCAACUUGCACUUUUGCAGAAUCUAUUCUGCGAAAUUGUGGCUUCCGUACUGGAUUGUUCACCUCCCCUCAUCUCAUUGAUGUUCGAGAAAGAUUUAGGUUGGAUGGGUUAGAGAUUCCUGAAGAGAAGUUUUUGGCAUACUUCUGGUGGUGUUGGGAUCGGCUGAAGGCAUGUUCAGAAAGAACCUCUGAUGAGAUACCCAUGCCAACAUAUUUUCGUUUCCUUGCCUUGCUUGCCUUCAAGAUUUUUGCAGCUGAGCAGGUAGAUGUUGUCAUUUUGGAAGUUGGUUUAGGUGGAAAAUUUGAUGCUACAAAUGUGGUUGAGAAACCAAUUGUCUGUGGUAUUGCUUCUCUAGGGUAUGAUCACAUGGAAAUUCUUGGUAAUACCCUUGGACAAAUUGCUGGGGAAAAGGCUGGGAUUUUCAAGAGUGGUGUACCAGCCUUUACCGUACCACAGCCAGAAGAAGCCAUGAUGGUCCUUGAACAGAAGGCUUCACAACUAGAUGUAAAUCUUCAAGUGGUUGCUCCUUUAGAUCCUAGCCUGCUAAGUGGUCUACAUCUAGGACUUGAAGGGGAGCACCAGUAUUUGAAUGCUAGCCUUGCAAUUGCACUAUGCUCAACUUGGCUUCAUAAUUCCGGCCAUGUUGGAAUCAAUUACUUAAAUCAGACUACCUCUCUACCGGAGGAGUUCAUUAGGGGAUUAGCUACUGCUUCUUUGCAAGGGCGUGCUCAAAUUGUCUCCGAUCAGUUCAUUGAGAGUGAGAGCUCAGGUGAUCUUGUGUUCUACUUGGAUGGUGCCCAUAGUCCUGAGAGCAUGGAGGUAUGUGCAAAAUGGUUUUGCCUUGCGACCAAGGAAGAUUGUAAAUCUUCUUAUAAGCAGUCUUAUUGUGACUCUGGGAGACUGCAUGAAUCAGAAAAGAAUGGGCCAUUCAGAAAACAUUCAACUCAGAUAUUGUUGUUCAAUUGUAUGUCGGUGCGGGACCCUCAAUUGCUUCUUCCACGCCUCAUGGGUGCAUGUGCCAGUCAUGGAGUUCACUUCAAAAAGGCUUUAUUUGUUCCAAACACAUCAGUGUAUUACAAGGUGGGUACUGUUGACUCGCCUUCAGCGGACACUCAAAUUGACGUUUCUUGGCAGAUAACUCUUCAGAAAUUAUGGGAAAGUCUCAUUCAUGGGGAAAAGGGACGAGAAGUAAAGAAUGUAGACUUGACGUGUGAAGCAAUUGUCGAAGAUACAGAGAAAACUACUAGUAAUUCUGAGAACAGCACGGUUUUCACUUCGCUCCCUCUAGCUAUUAAUUGGCUUCGGGACAAUGUCCGCAGAAAUCAAUCAGUUCGCUUUCAAGUUCUAGUGACGGGUUCAUUGCAUCUAGUUGGUGAUGUAUUGCGACUAAUCAAGAGGUGA